AUGCAACUAUCUACUUCAUGCGCCAGUUAUCCAUCUGCUUUACUAAUCGGGAAGGUUCUUGAUUGUUUUCUUGCAGGAAACGAUGGAGUCUACAAUCUUCUCCUACAUGGCGAUCGAGGCAUCUAUUAUGGCGGCGUCAGUUUUUUUUCCCUCCUUACAUAUGAUGGUGUUCAUGAAGUUGUGGAUGAGGGUUUCGAGAACAUUUUGCAUCUAGGAGGACUUCAUUUUGUGUUUUGUGAUAAAAUGUGGGUGAAAAGGGUGUGGUCAAUAAUGAAUUUUAGCAAUGGAGAUAAAGCUUCCUUCUUCAAGAUAUUACUAAAUGACUCGGUAGACUACCUUACAUUGCCGACUGCUUUUGCGAAAAAGUUUUUGGAAAAGGGCAACAACAAGAAACAGACACUUGUUCUCAAACCCAAAUCAGCUGUCAAAUGGAUUGUGAAAUACUCAAAGAACGAAGACAAACACUACUUUAAGGAUGGAUGGCUCAAAUUCGUUAAGGACAAUCUUCUUCAAGUGGGCGACUUUCUUGUCUUCUGGCUUCUCUCUGCUUCUCCAAACUCAACCUUUCAGGUCUUCUUCUAUGCACCGAAUGGUUGUCUCAAACACCCAGUUAGUUCUUCACGUAGUUUCCGUUCGAUACUGCCGACUGCCGAUCGCCGCCUAUUGUUGGUGGACAAAGUGACAGCUGAGGUGAUGCAUGGAGGUGCAGGUGAUGGGAUGAUACGCUGCGUGAAAGAAGAAACCAGUAAUAAUCAUGACGAUGACGAUGAUGAUUCCCUGCAAAAGGUGCACAAGUCGAUAAGGAAGGUUCUCCGGAAAUCCUACCUUCAUCAAUUGCCGAUGACAAUGACUUUUUGGAAAGCCACCAGACUGAAUAGGUACGACAGUGUGCGUCUGAGGACCAACGAAGGGAAGAUCUGGAAAGUGGGGGUAAGUAAGUACGGAAAGAUAAACUUCCCAAACCUAACAAGAGGAUGGUACGAUUUCUGGAAGGGUAAUGACAUAAAGAAGUGUAAUACACUUCAGUUUACUCAUGUGAAAGGCAACCUGCUUCAUGUGCAUGUGAUCAAGAGGCACAAAGGAAGAACCAUCAACAAGAAAAGAUCGUAA